UAGAGGGCGUUUUGUCAAUACACGUGCGUGAGUCUGCUCCGUCUGCAAAUUAUUCAUAGACUGUUUGACCAAGACGUAGCGAGGAGUUGAUUUUCAAGAUGGUUCGCAAGAAGAUCGAUAACCGCAUCAGAGUACAGAUAGAGAACGGUGUGACCCAGGGUCAUAGGUCAUUGUUCGUGGUUGUAGGAGACAAAGGCAAAGAUCAGGUCGUCAUCCUGCAUCAUAUGCUAUCCAAGGCUGUGGUGAAGGCCAGGCCAUCUGUACUAUGGUGUUACAAGAAAGAACUAGGAUUUAGCAGUCAUCGGAAGAAACGGAUGAAGCAGCUUCAAAAGAAAAUCAAAUCGGGAAUGAUGGAUGUGAACGAGGACAAUCCCUUUGAGCUCUUCAUCGCGGCUACAAACAUUCGCUAUUGCUACUACUCAGAGACACAUAAGAUCCUGGGGAACACGUAUGGGAUGUGUGUGUUGCAGGACUUUGAAGCCAUGACCCCUAACCUCUUGGCCCGUACCAUUGAGACGGUGGAGGGGGGUGGUAUCGUGGUGAUUCUUUUGCGCAGUGUGUCGUCCCUCCAGCAGCUUUAUACCAUGACCAUGGACGUCCACUCCCGCUACCGGACCGAAUCUCACCAGGACGUUGUUGCGCGCUUCAACGAACGAUUCUUGUUGUCACUUGCAUCGUGUAAUAACUCUAUGGUGUUGGAUGAUGAGCUUCAGAUACUACCAAUCUCAUCACAUACCCUAAACAUCGAGCCGGUUCCCCAUAAAACAAAGGAGGAGUCCCAGAGUCCUGCAGAGAUUGAACUAAAGGAGUUGAAAGCGUCACUGCAAGACACUCAACCUGUGGGAGCCCUUAUCAACUGUGCUAAAACACUAGACCAGGCCAAAGCUCUGCUGAAGUUUGUCGAGUCAAUUUCAGAGAAGACCCUUCGCAGCACUGUUUCCAUGACAGCAGCGAGAGGGCGGGGCAAGUCAGCUGCAUUAGGAUUGGCUAUUGCAACUGCUGUAGCAUUUGGAUAUUCUAAUAUCUUUGUGACUGCACCAAGUCCAGAGAAUAUCCGAACCUUGUUUGAGUUCAUCUUCAAAGGCUUUGAUGCCCUUGAUUAUCAGGAACAUCUUGACUAUGAGUUGGUCCAGUCGACCAACCCAGAAUUCAACAAAGCCGUCAUCAGAGUGAAUAUCUUCAGAGAGCACAGGCAGACUAUCCAGUACAUCCAUCCGGGCGACGCCCACAAGCUAAGCCAAGCUGAGUUGGUUGUGAUUGAUGAAGCUGCUGCCGUACCUCUCCCUCUCGUCAAAGAACUUCUUGGUCCAUACCUGGUGUUCAUGUCUUCAACUAUCAAUGGGUAUGAAGGCACUGGUAGGUCUCUAUCCCUCAAACUGCUCCAGCAGCUUAGGAAGCAGAACGCAACGUUUGGUGCGAGCAGCUCUGCUGAUAACAAGCCAACCAGCUCACUUUCAACAGGGUCAUCUGCUUCAGGUCGGGUGUUACAUGAGGUGACGUUGGAGGAGUCGAUACGUUACAGUGAAGGUGACAGCGUUGAGAAGUGGCUCAAUGAACUCCUGUGUCUCAAUGUCGCUGAGGUUCAAAGAAUAUCAUCUGGUUGCCCUCUUCCUGCAGAUUGCGAGUUGUAUUACAUCAACAGAGAUACGUUAUUCAGUUAUCACAAAGCCUCAGAAGUGUUUCUACAGAGACUGAUGUCUAUUUAUGUUGCUGCACAUUACAAGAACACACCAAAUGAUCUACAGCUGCUUUCCGAUGCACCCGCCCAUCACAUCUUCUGUCUGUUAGGACCGGUGAAACCAACACAGAACAGUCUACCUGAAAUAUUAUGUGUCUUACAGGUUUGUCUCGAAGGAGAGAUUUCCAAAGAAACAAUAAUGAGCAGCUUGAGCAGAGGCAAGAGAGCGUCCGGUGACCUGAUUCCUUGGACAGUAUCACAACAGUUCCAGGACAAUGAUUUCCCCAGCCUAUCAGGAGGACGAGUGGUGAGGAUAGCAACGCAUCCAGAUUACCAAGGGAUGGGAUAUGGAAGCAGAGCUCUUAGUCUCCUUCAGAAGUACUACCAAGGAGAGUUUCCCAGUAUGACUGAAACAUCUGAAACAAAGGCUAUCACUACAGUUCAGAAAGAGGCUGUAGGUUUACUGGAAGAAGUGAUCGUUCCAAGAAAGAAUUUACCCCCUCUACUGGCCAAGCUUAGCGAGAGACCAGCCGAGAAACUAGACUACCUUGGUGUGUCUUUUGGACUAACGGCUGAUUUGCUGAAGUUUUGGCGGAAGGCAGGAUAUCUUCCAGUCUAUCUGCGGCAGACCCCGAAUGAUCUAACAGGGGAGCAUUCAUGCAUCAUGCUGAAGACUGUGCAAGAAUCAGACAUAGAGGGCACCAGUCAGGACACAUGGCUCUCUGCUUUCUGGACAGAUUUCAGGAAGCGUUUUAUGUCUCUGUGUGCCUACCAGUUCCGAGCUUUCAGACCUUCCCUAGCUCUCAGCGUUCUCUUCUGCAAGACAUAUAAUAAGAUGAAAGCACAAGAAAUGAAUGCUUCAGAACUAGAGCUGCUCUUCUCAAAGUACGACAUCCAGAGACUGGACCUCUACUCUAGGAACAUGGCGGAUUAUCACCUUAUCACAGAUCUGCUGCCCUCUGUGGCGAGACUUGUCUUUCUCAAGAAGAUCAACGUUCACCUCUCCGCUGUUCAGUUUAGCAUCCUCCUAGGUCUUGGUCUACAACACAAGACGGUGGACAUCCUGGAGAAGGAGACGGAGGUGCCUUCCUCCCAGCUCCUUGCCUUGUUCAACCGCAUCGUCAGGAAGGUUGUAGCGGAGCUGAACAGUAUCCUGGAGCGGGAGGUGGAGAAGGGGAUGGCGGAGGAGAGGGUUGUUAGCAUGGAGCCGACCAGACAGACGAUGGCGCAAGAACUGGAUGAAGCUGCAGCCGAAAUUGAAGCCAAACAGAAAAAAGAAUUGGAAGCUCUUAAAGGACUGGAUCUUAGCAAGUAUGCGAUUAGAGGCCAAGAGUCGGAAUGGGAUGAUGCACUGAAGUCAGGAAAGAAGAAGAACGUUAUCAGCAUCAAAUGUGCGGAUCAAGAGAAGAGGAUAGCAGAGAAGAGCAAACAAACGGAGAAGAGAAAAGGAGAACGAGAGAGCUUUGGAGGAGAAGACCAAGAGGAGGCCAAGAAGAAGAAGAAAAAGAAAUUCAAGCCCGGGAAGGGGUUCAAGAACUGAGAGAGGAAAUAAAUAUGGACAGAUAUUUUUAAUAUAUGUAUCAUACAUUGCAGAUAAUGCAGACAGCAUAGACCUGUGCGGCAGUUCCAUAUUUUGCCAAAUGUACAAAUACUUUUGUUCUACAUAUGAUUUACAGGGAAACCUGUCUCUAAAGACAGACAUUCAGGCCUGAAUUCACAUAGGUGGUUUUGAAAAACAUUGGUUGAACCCAUGGGUUUAUUGAGAUUUCCUGUAAAAGGUAUGCUUAUUUACCACAUAUAUUUGAAAAGUAUCCAAUGCUGAUGCAUGCUUUGAUGCUCGUUGCCAUGGUUUAGUACGCCAUUUCAUUCAUGAGUCCACUGUUUUGAAUGAACAAGUCCACUCUUUAAAAUACAGUGGACUCCUGAAUAAAAUAGAGUGCUAAACCAUGACAACAGGCGUCAAUAUGGCACACUGACAAGCGCGCAUCAGCAUUGGGCAAUUAUUGAUAUGCAUGGUAAAUAAGCGUAAUUCAUACAGGAAAUCUGCAUAAAACGUGGGGUUAAACGAUGGUUUUCAAAACCACCUUUGUUAAUUUGGGCUGCAAAGUCUCACUCUUGCUCAUUUCCCCACGCUCUUUCUCACAGAUGUAUUACAGCCUAUCAUACAUGUAUGCAUUAUACAUAAUGCCUAGUGAGCUCACAUGAGGUCAUGGAUCCCUGCCUAAAAUUUUACGCAUUGCUGGUCUUUGAGAUUGGCAUCUCUGUGAAGACCCCCCAAUGGAGACAAAUAAAGCGGUCCUUGCAAGCAGGUGGUCUUUAUGGGCAGGUUUCAAUUCAUAAGGAUGGAUUAAGUUUGCACUUGUGAUUAAGCGUGGAGCGUUGUGGCCCAGUGGAUUAGUCUCCGGACUUUGAAAUAGAGGGUCAUGGGUUCGAAUCCCAGCCG